AACAAGGCAGACGACGCAGUAUGCGGCUCCAAACAGAGAAAUAACACUCGAGGCGAAAACAAAAAGAUAAAUCCAUACCAUACAUUCCAUAGAUCCGAUCCGAGCAAAUGCAACAUCAAACGAACGACGGCCAAUCGAAUCGAUAAGCUAGCGAACCAGAUCCGAAAACGGGGAAUAUAGGUCGCCGGUGGAGCGGGAAAAGCAGAAAAGUGGGGGAAUCGGAAAAGCGGCUAGCAGUUGGCUCAUUUCACACAACGCAGUCCAAGGAGCGAGAGUCCUUUCACCAAUCGUUAACAUGCUGUCGCGCCUGCAGGACUUCUUGUCACGCCACCGGCGGAAGUUUUUAGUGACCGGCGUUCUGGUGGGCGGCACCAUCUUUGCGGCGCGUUACGCACAACGCCGUUUUGUGGAGUUCCAGGAGAAACAAGCCAGGGAGUUUUUCGAGCGGACACGCCGCCUGACCCACUUCGAGUCCACGGAGAAGACCUGCAACCAGGUCAUACUCGGCAUGGGCGAGGAAAUGUGCCAGGCUGUCCUGCGGGAAUGCAGCACGGACGAACUGCUCGAGCAGCUGCGUCAGAAUCCCAAGAACAAGCUGGAACUGUGGGAGGACAUGAAGAUUGUGGCCUUUACGAGACUGGCCACCUAUGUGUAUGCCUCCUCCAUGCUGGUCAUUGCCCUCCGUGUGCAGUUAAACCUUCUGGGCGGAUAUAUCUACCGCGACAUCAUGACGGAACAAAAGCAAAUCACAGAUGAGCUGAAGCAGCAAUAUCUCUCGCUCAUCCGGCACUUUAUCACCGAGUCGGGCAUCCGGGACUUGGCGCGGUACAUACGCAGUCAGGUCAUCGCCGUUGUCAAGUCCAUGCCGCUGUCCCAGCAGCUUUCCCUCAACGACUUGGAGCAGCUCUUCUGGUCUCUGCAAAUGGCCAUCAAUGCGGACACCCGUCGGGAUCCCAAUUCCCGGAUGAGCAAGUACCUGCUGCCCAGUCAGAACCCCAGUCAUUCGCCGCUGCUGCAGAAGAUGUUUAACGAAACGCUGGAUUUGCUGGAGAGCGAGGAUGCCAUUGGUGUGUGCUCGCACAAUGUGAGCCGGGGUUUUGUGUUGGCCUGCGAUGCCAUUGCCGAAUCGAUGGGCGAGACGCUGCAGCACCUGCCGCAGGCUGAAGUGCAGACCCAACAGGAAAACCCAAAGUUCAACCAGGCAGGAAGCUCCAGCAGUUCAAAGAGCCCAGCAGCGGAAAACAACAACUUCAACAUCAACCGAGUGCUGAUGGCGCUGGCAAACCUCAUUCCAAUCAUAAGUGGUCUCACCUCGAGGGGAUUCGACAGCACUGCGCGACCACAUAACCUGCCCACCCAGCUAAUCACCUUUUACGUGGUCGCAGAGAAGACGAAGACGCUGGGUGCCAACGUUUACGAGAGCUUCAGCUCAGCCUAGAAGCUCGACAAAACUUGGAUUAUGCACCUGUGCAUAGGCUAGGCUAAGACAAUUGCAACAUUUUAGUUUAUAAACCUGUAUAUUUUUAAUACGAUCAUAAUUCUCGGAUGCAUUGUUUGUAUGUCUGCUUGAACCCCAUCACGUAUUAAGUUUAGCUCCUAAGAAUAUUUAAUCGAAAGUGAAUGUAAGGUAUGCUUAAGUCGGUUCCCCAUUGAGUCCAGAGGGAAUUCUACGAGACAGGGAGUUACAAUUCGAGUAACAUGAAGGCCUUUUAAAAUAACUGGAGUGAGUAAUUUGUGCUUAGGGGGAGAAUUUUAUAUGGUAUCAAAAAUAAAUGGAAACGUAAAUUAUAUGUGUGUAA